AUGAUGAAGUUCAAGCAACAAGGCCUAGUCGCUGAUUUGGCGCCCAACAUCACAUUAAUGAAAAUAUUUGGACAUUUUUUGUUCAAUUACUACAAUGACAACUCUUCGAAGUUCUUACACAAGGUCUUCUGCAUUAUACACCUCAUGCUGAUCAUACUGCAGUUCGGACUUUGUGGUUUAAAUCUAAUGUUCGAGAGCGGCGACGUCGACGUAUUGACUGCAAACACGAUCACGAUGCUCUUCUUCACGCACAGUGUAGUCAAAUUGGUUUAUUUCGCGGUGAGGACAAAACCGUUUUACAAAACAUUCGGCAUAUGGAACAACCCCAACAGCCAUCCUUUGUUCGCCGAGAGCAACGCUCGGUAUCACCAGUUAGCUAUAAAGAAGAUGAGAAUAUUGUUGCUAGCCGUUAUGGGGUCCACGGUGUUGUCUACGAUUUCAUGGACCACGAUCACGUUCAUCGGUGAUUCGGUGAAGAAAGUCAUCGAUCCUGUUACUAAUGAAACCAGCUUCGUCGAGGUACCGAGACUUAUGGUGCCAUCUUGGUACCCAUAUGAUGCUAGCCACGGAAUGGCACACAUCAUGACGCUCAUAUUCCAGUUCUACUUUCUGCUAUUCUGCAUGGCCGAUGCGAAUCUUCUCGACACGUUGUUCUGUUCGUGGCUUCUUUUCGCAUGCGAGCAAAUUCAGCACUUGAAGAACAUCAUGAAACCGUUGAUGGAAUUCAGCGCAACGUUGGAUACAGUUGUACCGAACAGUGGUGAAUUAUUUAAGGCCGGCAGUGCGAAACAUAUGCCGGAAGUAGACCCGCCACCACCAGUCUCACCACUGCCAGCUAAUGACAGCAUGUUGGACAUGGAUCUUCGAAGGAUUUACAACAACCGACAAGAUUUUACGUCAACUUUCCGAGCGAACGCUGCGGUGAAUGGGACGGUUGGACCAAACGGAUUGACGAAGAAUCAAGAGAUGUUGGUCCGAAGCGCUAUCAAAUAUUGGGUAGAGAGGCACAAGCACAUCGUCCGAUUGGUUACUGCAGUCGGAGACGCAUAUGGAGUUGCUUUACUGCUACACAUGUUGACUACUACGAUCACGUUAACACUGCUCGCUUACCAAGCUACCAAAAUCAAUGGUAUUAACACAUACUCAGCCUCAGUUAUUGGAUAUUUGCUGUACUCCCUUGGUCAAGUAUUCAUGUUAUGCAUAUUUGGAAAUCGUCUAAUUGAAGAGAGCUCAUCGGUGAUGGAAGCUGCUUACUCUUGUCACUGGUACGAUGGAUCAGAAGAAGCGAAAACGUUCGUACAAAUUGUCUGCCAACAGUGUCAGAAGGCAAUGUCUAUAUCAGGGGCGAAAUUCUUCACAGUAUCUUUAGAUCUGUUCGCCUCGGUAUUGGGAGCUAUGGUUACUUACUUCAUGGUGUUGGUGCAACUGAAGUGA